AUGGUUUUGUCACAGGUUCACUCCAUUUCCACACACUCGUACGGUUGUCGUGUUAUUCAACGCAUUUUGGAAUACUGUACUACCGAGCAGACGGCACCCAUUCUAGCAGAACUGCAUCAGCACACGGAGUCCUUGAUUAAGGAUCAAUAUGGGAAUUACGUAAUCCAACAUGUUCUGGAAUACGGAAGGACUGAAGAUAAAAGUCGUAUUGUUGAGCUUAUUCGGGGACGUGUGGCGGAGUUGAGUGUGCACAAAUUCGCGAGUAAUGUUGUCGAGAAAGCAGUGGCCCAUGCCACGCGGGCCGAGCGACAAGCUCUCAUUAACGAAGUGCUGGAAGACAACCGCGAUUUGACGGAAAUGGUGACCAUUUCUAAUGGGACGCGACCUCGUUCCAGUGAAUUCCCCACGCUAAGUAGCGGCAGUGAGGGUGGUACUAGUACUGAUGAUACGGCAACCGGACGAGGCUCCACACUCUGUAUGAUGAUGAAAGACCAGUUUGCCAAUUAUGUCGUGCAAACAAUGUUAGAUGUGGCCGAACAACCUAUUCGGAAAGAACUGAUGAAUCAGAUCCGCCCACAUCUUAGCAGUUUGAGGAAAUAUACCUACGGCAAACAUAUAAUCAACAAGAUGGAGAAGUACUAUAUGAAGACAAAUCAGGUUCAUCUGGCUGUUGGUCUGAAUUCACCCUCACCUCCACCACUACACAAUGGUUCGAGUUCACAAUCUGAUCUACCUCAACCAUCCUCUGCGAUUCCUAGCGCAGUCCGCGGUGGAAGCAGUGCGAAUGGUGGUGCUUCUAGCGUUGCUAGCUCUAUCCUACCUCCUUUGCUUACAGCCACAGACAUGGCGGUUCGAGCCCCUAAGAGCGGAUUUAGUCGUGCAUCACAUCAUUAUCAUGACUACCAUGGCGCUCAGUCACAUUACUACUCCACAUUACAUUCGAGCAAUCGAACACAUACGUCACAUCGAUCGAAAACACGAGACUCACGACCGACUUCAGAAAGCACUCCUAACCCGCGGAUUACUUGCACUCAGGACAACCACAGUGGUUCCACAGGGGAUAACUUUGACCAGUCAGAUAAGUCCAAGACUGAAACAAACUGUGAUACAGAUCAGGUUGCUGGACACGAGGAAUUAUCGUUGGAUCAAGAUCAGAGUUCCAUGACCAGUUUAAACACUACUCCUGAAGAGCUGAAAAACUCAAACAAUUUGAAAUCGGCAGACGACUCAGGCACAACAUGGAAGCGGUAUUCGGGGGACGGAAGUUCAUCGCCUGUGGGUGAUCAGAAUGAUGUAAACGAAACACGGCCGACUAGUGGUAGUUCUUCCAUCAAAUCUGGUGCUGGAUUAGUUUCCUCGGAUGCAGCGCUUCGUGUCUAA